CCUAUAAAAAGGCAACCUACUCGCGCUCCAAAUCUUCCCAGCUCCGCACUUGUCUCCUCUCUUCUUCUCCACUUGAUCGAUUCUCUUCUCGCGCGCGCGUCGUCGUCUCAAUAUAAUUAAUGGAGAUGAUGCUGCAGCAGAGUGGGAGGGGGAGCAGCAGCAACGGUCCGCCGCCGCCGCCGACGACAAAGCAGGAGGAGCAGGAGGCGGGGGAGCUUCGGCGGGGGCCGUGGACGGUGGACGAGGACCUGACGCUCAUCAACUACAUCGCCGAGCACGGCGAGGGCCGCUGGAACGCGCUCGCGCGCGCCGCCGGCCUGAAGCGGACGGGGAAGAGCUGCCGGCUGCGGUGGCUCAACUACCUGCGGCCGGACGUGAAGCGCGGCGACUUCACCGCCGACGAGCAGCUCCUCAUCCUCGACCUCCACUCACGAUGGGGCAACCGGUGGUCCAAGAUCGCGCAGCAGCUGCCCGGCCGGACGGACAACGAGAUCAAGAACUACUGGCGGACGCGGGUGCAGAAGCACGCCAAGCAGCUCAACUGCGACGUCAACAGCAAACGCUUCAAGGACGCCAUGGCCUACCUCUGGAUGCCGCGCCUCGCCGAGCGCGCAUCCCAGCAACAACAAGCCGCCUCCGUCGCCGACGACGACAUGCGUCCGUGCCUCUCCGCUCUAACAGUGGCUACUACUACUACCGCCGCCGCCGCCGCAGCCUGCUUGGCCGACAACUACCACCACUCUCCUGGUCCUGGCAGCAGCAGCAACAGCGUGGUCGCCGCCGCCAGCCCGUCCUCCGACUCGUCGCUCACGUCGACGGAGUCCACGCACGAGGGGAAGAGCGUGGACCUGCACCGCGGCAACGACGGCGACAGCGGUGGGGACUGGACGAUGCAGGGUGCAGAUCACGAGUUCUGGUCCACGGCGCCGGCGAUGCCGCAGCUUACCGACUGUGAGUUGCAAGACACGCAGGAGCUCAGCGGGUGGGUGCAGGGGUUUCCAGAGGCUGAAAGCCUGUGGAGCCUCGACGACAUAUGGAGGAUGCACUGAACUCAUUUUGCGGUUAUAUAUGGUGGUCUGUAUGAUAGAAUUAUAUUACAGAGAGAUUGAGGAAAGCAAAAUGUUUUCUUAAUUUGUUACUCCUGACCUUUAGCUAGUAUAUAUAUAGUUAUCAGCACUACAAGAGACUAAAGUUUAAAGUUUAAUUU